GUCGAAAGAAUGGUUUGGAUGCUGGGUUUGUGAGAUGGCCUGCGCAAAACUAGCAUAAUGUGGUUUUGCACCACCAGAGGGAGAACUCGAACUACACUGUAGACCAGACCAAAGCGGAUUAGACCGGAAUCUGCGUCGUUCAGUCCAGUGUUUUGAAACGAACGAAAUGGUCAGGUGGAAAGCCCAUCGAAAUUAAAAAGUAUUCCGUUUUAUAGCGCCUUUCUUCUAAAUUAUGUUACACUGCUUUUUAAAAUAUUAAUUUCGAGAUUUUUUAAAGUUGAUUGAAGUUGUAAACAAUGGAAGCUCUGUGGACAAAAAUCGAAGACCCUCUUUCAUUGAUUAGCUUCAUGGUUCCACCCUUGAGGUUACUGUCUGCAGCCAUGUGGCAGGUGACAGAACAGAGACAGGUGAAGCACUAUAGUAUGCUGGAGGAGUUUGUAAUCAUGGUGACAGAGACUGUGCCAGAGCUUCUAAAUGACCAUCAAAGAGCUCAGCUUAUACUUGGCUUAAGAGCAAGGCGUCUUCUGGAGCUGUGUCGGGGUCAACAUCAGGUCAACCUGGAAGAAAUUCAGCUGCACAUUGAUCAAAUCCGUGCUCCUUGUGUCAACAGUGAUGAGGUUGUUGAUGAAGACAUGGAGGAAUCUGAGGCUUGCUUCUUGGACCUCAUUCGGACUCUUAUCAGCAACCCCAAAGAGAGGGAGCAUUUCUUCCAGAACAUUUUUCCAGAUGAAUACGGACCCAAAUUUGACAAAACCCUACAGGAACUUAUGGAAGACUUCCUCCUACAGCUGGACCGGAUGAUUUCAGUCCCAGACCUUUCACAGACGGUCUCUUGGCUCAGGGCCUGUCCGUCUCUUCUGGAGGAAUGCAUUCAUUCAGUUUCGGUCCCGAAGCAAAUGAAGGCCCUGCUUGAACGCCACAGAGCCAAUGGAAAUCUUCAGGACAAUGCUCAUAACAGCUUUACAUUUUCAUCGCAAUCUCUCCCUCCGCUGGUUCGAGUCGUCAUAUCCAGCGAUCACACAGAAUCUGGCGACCCGUCUGAAUCGGGAGCCGAUUUUGAUGGUCAAAACAAAGAUGAUUGCCACACUGAUCUGGAUACGCCCAGCUGCAAGUCUAAAAAGAGAAAAUUCAAAAUAGAUACAGAGAGAGAAGAUGAAGAGGAUGAUGAUGAUAAUGAUCAAAACUGGCCAAUCAUGGGUGCCCUAUCUAGAGAAAAGAGGAACAGUUAUGAUGACAGCUCUAUUUGUGAAGAGCUGAAUCAGACACACACCAAAAAAACCUCGAAAAAAUCCUCUAAAAGGAAAAGAGACGACAGUGCAGAAGUGUCCAGAGAGUUUACAUUUAUCAAUCAUUUGGGGGCAUACACAGAAGAAUCUUCCUACCAGACCUCAGAUGCUUCAAAAGUUCCUUGGUCAGAGGAAGAAACGUUCUGUCUCAUUGACAUAUGGGGGAAAGACAGCGUCCAGCGUAGUCUAAAAGACUGUGCCCGCAACCGACACAUUUUUAACCUCAUCUCUAAGAAGAUGUUCGAGAGAGGGUUUACCAGAACAGCAGAGCAGUGUCACACCAGGAUAAAGCGCUUAAAAAUGAGCUUUCGACAAUGCCAUGAAAACACUGUGAGAGGAGAAAGACCGGAAUGGAAGUUUUAUAAUGUUCUGGAGAAAAUUAUCUGCCGUAAAGACUGUACAGAACAGGAAGAAAGUAUUAAUGAUGUCACCAUUCCAGAAGAAUCCUCAGAACAGCAGGCAGAAGACGACACUGAUUGGGAUGUUCUUGGUCAUGUUGGACUAGAGGGCACCAGGAAUAUCCCAUGGACAGACCUGGAGACGCAAACCCUCAUCAGGAUCUGGGGAGAAGACAAAACCCAGCGGGAGCUGCGAGGGGUUCUCCAGAACGGACACAUCUUUGCCAUGAUCUCCAAAAAGAUGGCCGCUCACGGUUACGUCCGAACAGCAGAGCAAUGUCAAAGUAGAGUGAAAAGACUGAAGCUGUGCUUCAAACAGUCUCACGAGAGUAAACACACUGAGGGAAAAGAGCAAGUUGAAUUUAAAUUCUAUAAACAGAUGGAGAGAAUUAUGGCUAAUGAAGAGUCAUGCUCAUCACAGAUCAAAGAGGAGGAGUCUACGGACAUCGAAUACCAGGUGUACAAAUACCAGGAAAUAGAAACCACAAUGAACUGCAUGGAUGAUAGAAAGAAGGUCGCCUGGUCCGAUGCAGAGACGCUGAUUCUCCUACAGUUAUGGGGUAAUGAACAGGUCCAGCAGAACCUUCAGCGUUGCCCUCACAACGGCCCCAUCUACUCAGAGAUCUCUGAGAAGCUGAACGCUCACGGAUACCUGCGCUCCGCUGAGCAGUGCCAUACCAGAAUCAAACGACUCAAAAUCAGCUACAGGCAGUGCAAGGACAGCAUCAGUUCACCUGAAGCUGAACGUGUAGAAUUUAAGUUCUAUGACCUGAUGGAAGACAUUUUUCGAAAGAAAGCUUCAUCCAAAGUGUCUGGAGAUAAUGAACCCAACAAUGACAUGAAAGCAGACACGUGCAGCAGGGUGGACCAGACAGCAUCCUGGUCAGACUCUGAAACUGUAGCUCUAAUAGACAUUUGGGCGGAAGAUGAGGUGCAGGAAGCCCUGAGAGGAUCCGUCCAUAACGGCCACGUGUUUGCUAAUAUAGCAGAGAAACUGAACAGUCAGGGAUUCUUCAAAACACCAGAGCAAUGCAGAUGGAAGAUCAAGAACCUGACAAAGAAUUUCCGACAGUGUUACGAAAGGAAAAAAUGUGGCAUAGAGAAUAUAGAUUGUAAAUACUAUGAUAAACUGGAGCAGGUUCUUGGCGAUGAGGCCUUUUCCAUGGAUGUCUUUGAUGAACAUGAUCAGGAUGCAGAAUACCAGCAAGCAGCCAUGCUAGCCGUAUCUGAAUCAGGCAGGAAGAUGACCUGGUCCGACCGGGAGACGCAGGCCCUGCUGGAUAUCUGGGGUGAUGCCCGUGUGCAGCACAGCCUCAUGUCCUGCCCGAAAAACAGGCACAUAUACAGAUAUAUUUCAAAGAGAAUGAUAGCACUGGGUUUCACCAGAACGGGUGUCCAAUGCCACUCGCGUGUAAAAAGACUCAAGUCCCAGUUUUACUACGAUGGGGAGGAGUGUAAAUUCUAUGAUCAACUGGAGCAGAUUAUUUUAAAGGACAGAACAUCUGAUGACCAGGACAUCAGUGAGCUGGAAUCCAUAACUGAUUCUGAUUCAGACUCUUUAGCUCUCUCCAAACCUCCGACUGUGGACGGGCCGAAGCUGGCAUGGGGUGACAGUGAGACACACACACUUAUAUCCAUCUGGGGGAGCGACCCUAUCCAGGAGAGGCUGAAAGGUUGCGUCAAACGCAAACCUGUUUUCCAGCAAAUCGCACUGGUCAUGGCUGAGAAGGGCUACAGCAGGACAGACGAACAGUGUCGCUCCAGGAUUAAAAGACUGAAGGCCAGUUACCGCCAGUGUCUUGAUAAUUACAGAAAUGAAGGGGAGCAGGUGGAGUGGAAGUUCUUCAAGCAGCUAAAUAAAAUAUUUGAGAAGUACCCUCUAGAUGAGACUGAAACCACCACGGCUCAGGAGCCAGAGACAGUUGGGAGAAAAAACCCUAGCAGGUCUGCAAAAGCACAGAGCUCAGGUGAUUCUGAACUGCAAAGAUGUUGUCCUGAUUUGAUCCAAAAGGAACAGCAAAAAUAAUGUGCGUAGAGGCAUCAAACUACAAAUGGAGAAUGAGGAGAACGUAUUUUAACAUUGAAAAUGUACAUACUUCACAUUUAUUAUGUCAAGUGUAUAUGCAAAGAAAUGUUUUUACCAGGAAAUAUACACUACCGUUUAAAAGGUUUGGGUCUGAACGAUUCUUUUUUGAAAGAAAUGAAUUGUCUUAUUCAA